AGGGCCCCACGCGGGCUCCGUGGGCUCUGUCAGGAGAGGGCGCAUUCUUGCUCCCGCCUCCGGGCCAACGGAAGCUCUGGACAGAGGGACAAGCUCUGGGCCAAAGGGUUGGAUGAGGGGCUGGCCUAGAGGGAAGCCCUGCCCUAGAGGCCCGGAAACCCCGAAGGUGCCCCAGGAGGGAGGAGAGACCACCCGGGAGGGAGCGGCAAGGUGGGCCCAAGGAUUGGGGGCGUGGAGAGGGCCCCCAGCACCCCUCCCCCUGCCGCCUUCAGGCCACCCCCCAGGCUUUUGCGACCCACUGCGGUGGCGGGGCUGGGGGGAUGAUCAGAGGUGGCAGGGGUGGGGGGAUGAUCAGAUCUGGGUCCAUCGUUGUUUCCAGAAAAUGUCACUGUGGCUUUGGGGCAAGGGAAGGGCCCAGGAGGCUUUUCAGCAGGAAGGAACCUCAGAGCAAACCCGGAUCAAUUUGCUGCCCGAGUUGCCACUAAUGACUGGUGGGAAAAGGGAGUGAGGCACCCUGUGACCCUGACAGGUCUAUGGUCCUUCGAGUCUGGCCUAGAUCAAUGCACCCCACAAGUUAUAUAUCUGUGGGGCGCAGUCAUCCAGGCCCAGUGCUAAGAGCUGUUCCGAAGGUCCUUCUCACUGUUACCAAGAGCCUGCGAGUUCCUGUCUGUUUUCAUCCCUGAAUCACCCCCAUUGGCCUAAGCUGGUCAUGGGGCGUUCAGUCUGCUGAAGAAGUCUGUGAGGCUGUAAAGUUUAUCCAGGUGAUGCUGACUUUGGAGGACAAGGACAUGAAGGGGUUCACGUGGGCCAUAGCCCCAGCCUUGACCUCCCUGGGCUACCUGCUUAUACUGCUGGUCUCCAUCUUUCCCUUCUGGGUGCGGCUUGUAAACGAGGAGUCCCACGAAGUGUUUUUCAGUGGCCUGUUUGAGAACUGUUUCCAUAUCAAAUGCUGGAAGCCUCGACCCUUAUCAGGCUCUGCAGGGCUCUGUCCCUUGUCACGGGUCAGGUGUCCAGCUGCAGCCCAGCCUCCCCUCCCCCACAGUGUACAUCAUUCUCGGCCGCGUUUUCCUGCUGUCCGCGGUUGUCCUGUCUUUCCUCACCACCUUCAUCCUGGUGUCCUUUGCAUCUCAGCUGUUUCCGAGGACCCGGAAGCACAAUUUGGUGUCAGCCUUCAUCAGCUUCCUCACAGGCUGGCCAAGGCCCUACCCUGGGAGGCUCCCAUCACAUGGAGGAGGUGGAACGCUCACAGUGGGAAAAUCAGGUUGAAUUGCACCCAAAGCAUCACACCCAGAGGGCCCCGUCUGGAGUCAGCCAAUGGCACAGGCACAGAGGGGGCCAGUGCCUUCCUGGCCUUGUUGCUGCAUGCCCUGGAGAUCCAGAAUCUGAGGAUGAAGCCCAGCCCCCCCAAGUUCUCGGUGCAGUGGCCUUACUACGUUCUGGGCUUUGCCAUCCUUCUGUUCAUAGUGGCUGGUGCCAUCUGCCUCUUUCAAGAAGCAGCCUGCCUUCGCUGCCGUUUGUUGCCCAAUUCCCAGAGUAUCCAGGAGACCCAAGGGGUCAUACACCUGGAGAAUAUGGAGAGUCUGGGAGGAGACCUGAGCUCAAUACAAAAGGAGACACUGCUGAAGGAAGAAACAAUUAUCUAGUCCAGGAGAGCGUCCUCCGCCAUCGGCAGCUGUGUGAGUGCAUGUGUGGAGGCAUAAGCGGCAGCCAGUUUCUGCUGCUUUUGGUGAGCUUCCUGAGUGUCAGAUCCAUGUUCCACUUCCCCACACUCACAGUGAUUCUGUCUUGCUUGUAUUUGCAAUUCGUUAAAAAAUUUUUUUGAAUUUU